AUGGCUGGCUGGAAGAGCAAGUGGGCAUCAGAGGUAUGGCACCAUGUGCGAGCCGAUUAUGAUGCCUUGGCGAAGAAUGGGGCGGAAGCUGGUGUCGGUGCUGCUUUCCAGACAGAUCGAAUUCUCGAGAGGCUCACGAAGCACCAGGAAGUCCGCAACAUCACAGUGAACCUUGCUUGGAUCAGCGUGAACCCUGACGACUACAAAGACUUCUCCUUUCUCAAACUGGAGAAACUCGGACGUCAACUCUUCUUUCAAGACGACCACCCCCGGGCACCACAAUUGUGGCCCCGUAGUUUCAACGUGGGGUUGGUCGCCCAUAGUUUGCAUGAGAUGCCUUCCAAGGGGCACUUCAAGGCAUUUGCCUUAGGAGCAGUUGCAUUAGCUUUCUGGUGGGCGCUGGCUAUGGCCAAACAACACGCGCCUGGUGAGGUAGCCGGCUUCUACAAGUUGGCUCGCUCGGCAUCUGUGGAUUGGAAGUAUUUCUCCUCGUUGACUGAGGCAGACCUCCUGGUGGCUGAAGCCAACUGGUCAGAGCAGUUUGAAAGUGUGCGGGAGUUCUUUGGUGGCACUGGCAUUGCCUUAGUGCGCCUUGUUCAGCAGGUGCGCAAAUCGCUGAUGGCGACGAAGCAGAAAGUGACAGGCGAAACCAUUGCCAAGUUCUUGACUGAAAAUAUUUCCUGGGGUCACGUCCGACGAGUGCCGACCAAAGACACUUGUGCUCAGCUUUUGCACAUCGGGCAGACACUGGACAAGAUCCCCGAGGCAGCUGUGGUCAUUGAAGAGGCAGAGGUUCGCUUUUCCAGAGAGUCUGUCUUUGACCAAACAAGCAAGCUAUUGACCAUCUGUCAGAAGUGCCCUAGCUCCAACGAUGUGUUGUAUGUCCUGCGUGGCAUCUACUGCCAAAUGCAGUGGGCUGACUCUGGUGAUGUUUGCAAGAAAGAUGAUUUGUCAUCCAAAGCAGGGACAUUGCAGUCAUGGCUUUUUGUCAAGCGGAUGAUUGCCUGGGUGCAGCGCAAAUAUGUUUUCCGCGGGGAAAACCAAGCCAUUUGCAGCGCCAUCGAGAAAGUGUACCAGCUCUGGGAAAACCCCAUGCUGUGGAACUUGAAUGAGUCCUCCGACCAGACUUGGCAAUCAGCUCUCCCUUUGCCAUUGCAGAAGCUGCACAGCAUUCUCACCAAUCUGUUCUUGGGAAAGUACAACCAGUCAUUGAAGGGCUUGCUGGCCAAUACCUUGGCAGCUUCAUUGAAGCCUGAGGACUACGUGGGCUGCAAGGAGGUUCAGCCAAGUUGGGCUGAGUUUGAGAAGAUCUACCGCAAGUACGUUGGGGAGCCUGAUGAGGAGCCAGUGGAGGCGGCAGAUGUCAAGAAGAAGAAGGCGGCAGAGGAUGCCCAGAGUGCUUCUUCAGGAGCGGACACCUUGGAGAAGCUCAAAGCAGAUGCCAGUGAGCAAGCCAAUCAGUUCUUGAAGAAGCAGCUAGUGAUGUUGUGGCCCCGGCUGGAAGAGCCAAAUGCGGUUUCAGCGCUGCUGCAGGCGCAAACCAUGGCGAAGAUGGGAACUAGAAUGCUCGCUUUCUUCGAUGCCAAGAACGAUGGGGUUAUCCGACUCUAUCAGGGACAAAAUCGUUAUCAACGCGUGCCUUCCCUCAAUGUUGCCAGUUUGAAUCAGUUCGUUUCAGCUGCCUUGUCUUGCAUGAAGUCGCAGCGCGACUUCUUGGUGAUUCUGUCUGGGAAGCUGAGAAGCAACGAGGCAGCAGUGGAGAAAGAAUUGCACAAGAGCAAGCUGUCUUUCAAGCGCAUCGUUCUGUGCUAUGAUGUGGCCCAGAUGAAGGCCGAGGGCUACUACACCCGAUGCUCAGGCAUUGCAAAUGCUCAGGCUCAGGAAGUAGCCUAUCUUUGUUGGCUUGGCCGCCAGCCCACUUUGAGAACGAAGACACGGCAGUUUGUGGACCCCGGAACCGAUGUAUACAUCGACUUCAUCUCCAAAGUUCCUGUCACAGCUGAGCGUGACUUGCUCAAAGUCGAUGUAGCGACAAAGGAGAACGUGAUGCCCAGCCUUGUUGGUGAGUCAGAGCCUGCGAAUGAGGACGAUGAUGCAUCGGAUGGCGAUGCUGAUGGAGACGUGGAGCAAGGCAAGAGAAACUACCCGAAGCGGUACAGUGGCCGCGCUCUUUUUCGGACAGCGUCCAAUCCUGACAACACCGUGUUUCUUGGUCCACAGGAGAUUAGGCUAUUUCCUCAUGAUACCCACGCGAAGCUGUUGCAAGAGUUUUGCCACGAGCUGUCUCCAUCAUGGGUUUUCAUCGGUACCAUGGGAGGUGGUGGCGCUUGCUUAGGGGCUUUGCGCAUGACUUUGCCUGUGGUGGCUUUGGGGAAGUCCGAAGUCCACUCCACUGUGGUCCGGCAGCAUUUGCAGCAACAUUUGGCAAACGAGCUUUGCAGCCAUUCUCCGCUGGCCGACCCCGACCUAGUUGCACGCGCAGCCCUCCUGACGGCUUCCAAGCGCCUUUGCCGCACAGAUACCGCUUCGUCGAAGAAGCGGAAGUCUUCCUCAUCUCCGUCUUCCAUUGCCGAGCCAGAGGGCCAAGCAUCGGAUACCGAGGUGAAGGAGAAAAACAAGACGCCCAAAAAGAAGGAUGAGAAAGAUACGCCCAAGAAGGACAACAAGGAAAAGACACCGAAGAAGGACAAGACAGAGAAGAAGGAGAAGGCAGAGAAGAAGGUCAAACACAAAAAGCAUCACAAAAAGGAUGACAAAAAGUGA